GGUGUUGCUUCAGGAGUACUUCCUUUGGCGCACAGUUGCAUUUUGGACCGGUACCACGUGGACCGGAGAGAUGCGCUAGGGCGUCGCUCUAGGGCUAAGCUGGAAAGGAGGGUGACGUGACAGGGCCGCCCCCGUGGCUGUGAGAUUGUGACUACCGGUGCAGGCUCUGUCUCUCUGAGGCUGUCCCCGACUGUAGAGCGGACGCCGUCGCCCCUCGUGCUUACCCGAGUCUUCCGCGGUCCGGCGCCCGACCCUUGAAAACGGCGGCCUGGGUCUUGUGAGCGUUUUAUACCGUUUUAUAGUGAAGCUUGGAGUGCGAUACACAGCAAAAGGUGAACCCUGCCCUGGGCGCCCACCUCACAGAACCCCACAAAGCCCACCGGGCCGCGCGGCGGGGACCAGGGCAGCAGCGCUAAUGAAUCCGGCGCAGGGCUGUGUGACCUUCGAGGAUGUGUUCGUGUGCUUCUCCCGGGAGGAGUGGGAGCUUCUCGAGGAGGCGCAGCGACGCCUGUACCGUGAUGUAAUGCUAGAGAACUUUGCACUUGUGUCCUCGCUGGGGCUUGCAGUUUCCAGGUCCCAUGUGGUUACCCGCAUGGCCAGAAGGGAGCCCAGGGUUCUUGAGAAGGUAGACUCGGCUCCAGCCACAGCAAAGAAGACCUGGAGGAGGCCCGGCCUUGGUAUCUGUUAG